UUUUUAAAGUGUUUCCGAGCUCCGCCCCUUUGUAGGCGGGGCCUUGUAGCGGCGUGGAGGGCACGAGAACCCCCGCGACCAGUCGCUUUUCUCCGGCUGGCACUGCAUCUCCACCCGGGCCUCCUUCACCACGUCCCCCGGGGGAAAGCGAGGAGCACUGCGGGGCGGCGCCGCUUGUUCUCCGCACGGACCUGACGAACAUUGCCCGGCUCCGCUCUGCCUCACCCGGCACCAUGGCGGAGAGAAGUGGCCGGCUGAGCUUCCCCGGCAUCGGGGCUCUCAACAGACCGGUAGCGAUGAACCUGUUCGCCACCCAGGACAUAGACGGAUCCUCCCCGAACUGCAUCCCGCGGUUGUGUAUUUUGACAGUGAAGAAGCUGCUGGUGAUGAAAGAACUGGACAAGGAAAUCAUCUCUGUGGUCAUUGCCGUCAAAAUACACGGCUCAAAGCGCAUUCUGAGGUCCCAUGAGAUCGUGUUGCCGCCCAGUGGAUUUGUGGAGACAGAUCUAGCUCUCACUUUUUCACUGCAGUAUCCACACUACCUGAAGCGGGAAGGCAACAAGCUGGAGAUCCUCCUGCAGAGACGAAAGCGCUACAAGAACAGAACCAUCCUGGGCUACAAGACGCUGGCGGCGGGCUCCAUCGACAUGGCGGAGGUGAUGCAGCAUCCUACAGAAGGAGGACAGGUUCUUUCUCUGUGUGGCAACCAGAAGGACACGCUGGGCAAGGUGGCGGAGAUCUGGAUCUUCUCGCUGUCCAGUCAGCCCGUGGACCACGAAGACGCCGCGCAGGGAGGACAGAAGAACAAAUGUUCUGACAACUACUCAGAGGAAGAGGACGAGAGCUUCUCUUCGGAUCCGGAGGCCAGCGACGACGCCGUGCAAGCUCAGGACCUGGAGGACGACGACUACGACGCACGCAAGCCAAAGAAGCUGAGGAGGUCCAUCGUCAGGACCACGUCCAUCACCAGACAGCAGAACUUCAAGCAAAGGGUGGUCGCUCUUCUCAAGAGGUUCCGAGUGUCUGACGAGGUUCUGGACUCUGAGCAGGAUCUGGCUGAGGCUCCUCCCGAGGCGGAGGAAGAGGAUCUGGACAGUGUGGAGUUUGAGAACCCCAGCGAGAGCGAACCAGAACUGGACGACGACGACAGCGUCCUGAGCACACCAAAACCCAAACUCAAGCCAUAUUUCGAAGGUUUGUCGCUGUCGAGCUCGCAGACGGAGAUCGGGAGCGUCCACAGCAGCCAACUUGAGCAUGCCAGUGUGAUUGACAACGAUGCCAGCAAACGUGGCCAUGAGGACGACAACGUGUCUGACCGUGUCUCAUAUGAGCAUCCCGAGGCCGUAACGCCGACCACGGAGCUGGAGAUGGACAACAUGGACACAUUCCAGGACAGACUGCCCCCUAGUGGCAGGAUGACCAAGACAGAGUCGCUCAUCCUUUCAUCCAACAGCCAGGAGCCUAAAAUAGCGGGAAGGCGAGGUCGCAGCACAUCGCUGAAGGAGCGUCAGCCCAGCAGACCGCAAAACGAGCGAGCUAACAGUCUGGACAACGAACGUGCUAUGGACACUCGCAGCCACCUGCAAAUCCCGAGAAAGACCGUGUAUGAUCAGCUGAACCACAUCCUGGUAUCUGACGACCAGCUUCCUGACAGCAUCAUCCUCAUCAACACGUCCGACUGGCAGGGCCAGUACCUUUCAGACGUGCUCCAGAACCACCGCCUGCCGGUGGUCUGCACUUUCAGCACGGCAGACAUCCAAGCUGCUUUCAACACCAUCGUGUCCCGCAUACAACGAUUCUGUAACUGUAACUCCCAGACGCCCGUCCCCAUUAAGAUCGCGGUGGCAGGAGCUCAGCGUUACCUGAGCGCCGUGCUCCGCCUCUUUGUGGACCACCUGACCCACAAGACCCCUGACUGGCUGGGGUACAUGAGGUUCCUCAUCAUCCCGCUCGGAGCACUUCCCGUCUCUAAGUACCUGAGCACCAUCGACCAAAAAUACUGCACCUUGUUCCACGAUACCUCAUGGACGGACUUCUUUGAAAACACGCAGGCUCCUCUCGUCGGCCAGGAGAGUCCAGACGUUGUUUCCAGGGUGAAGCAGUACAUGGCGGGAGCCAACGGAGCUCACCAGCUUCCCAUCGCUGAGGCCAUGCUGACAUACAAACAGAAGAGCGCCGAUGAGGACUCAUGUCAGAAGUUCAUCCCAUUCAUCGGCGUGGUCAAAGUCGGAAUUGUGGAGCCAACAUCAGCAACAUCAGGAGACUUGGAUGAUACGGCGCCGACGAGCUCCCUAAUGCUUGCCACGUCACCUCAAGUAUCACCUGCCCUCAAAGAGGCGUCGCCCACCCCGCCCUCCUCUCCACUAGUCAACACUGGCUUUUGUGUAUACAGUUCCGGAGUUCAGACGGAGCUGAUGGGUCUACAAGUGGACUAUUGGGCGGUGCCCAGCGAGAGAAAGAAGGAAGUGGAGAAGCGUGACCCUUUGGCCAAAAACACGCUCAAGUGCAAUUUCCGCUCGCUGCAGGUCAGCCGGCUGCCUGUGAGGGGCGCCGAGCCCAGCCCGCAGCCCGCCAUGUCCAUGACGGUGGUGACCAAGGAGAAGAACAAAAAGGUGAUGUUCCUGCCCAAAAAGAGCAAAGAUAAGGAGGUGGAGUCCAAGAGUCAGGUAAUCGACAGCAUCAGUCGCCUCAUCUGCACUGCCAAGCAACAGCAAACCAUGUUGACAGUGUUGAUUGACGGCGUGGAGUGGAACGAUGUCAAGUUUUUCCAGCUGGCGGCGCAGUGGUCCUCACACGUCAAACACUUCCCCAUCGGGAUCUUCGGGCACACAAAAGCAUCUUACUGAAGUCCAACUUUAAAGUGAGCGCCGUCGAAGAUGUUCGCUCCUUCACACUUUCCUUUGUCUGCAUUGUCAUGUUUUGAUUUGCUGUAGCCACCUUUCCCUCUCAGACUUUGAAGAUGAAAAUACUGUUUGAACAAAGAUGCCCUCUAACCUUUCACACAGGGAACAAAUGGCCGGGUGUCAUCCUCUGUUUGGGUUGGAUUGAAAGCACACGUGACUCAAGAGUAUAUAUUUUUAAGAAAAGGAAGAGGAAAAACGUCUUUUCAGAGUAUUUUCUAACCAAGAAUAGUUGGCUUGUGUGUGUUCCAGAGUCCUGUGCAAUUUGUACAUGUUCCAAUAAUAAUCAUGAUUAGGGGUGUCCCGAUACGAUAUUGAUAUCAGUUAACAGUCCGAUAUCAGCAAAAAAAUCAGUAUGGGAUGAUAUCGGCGAUAUAAGCUCGAACAGGCAGUCUUGACUUGAAGUAUUAACUUCAAGUUAACAUCUAAAUGUUCUCCAAUAAGCACAAAUAAGUCAUUUACAAAAGGUAAACAUGGUAGGCUAUAGGCUCCUCGGAGCUCGCAGCUACACAACAGCCAAGCACACAAGAUGGAAAUACGUAAUUAGGAAUGGGUACUUUUUUGGCAUUAUCCCGGUCCUACCGUAAAAUCCAACUGUGGAGGGGGGCGUGGUCUGCGGGCCUACCGCGGA